UCACCUUCCAUUCUAUAUUAAAGCCCCCACUAUUUACAAUACUGCCAAAAAAUGACAAAUCUCUCGGCAUAAAAUAAAUUUCCAUACAUAUAUAGAUACAGACAAUCCUCAUGCAGUCUUCAACUCUUUAUCCGUGAUCCUCUUCAUACCCACUUUCUUCUUCCUUAAUCCUUUUUUUCUUAUUACACAGGUCUCGUGCACGUGUAUAUAUACAUCUACUAUAUGUAUAUAUAUAUUUUGAAGGAUAUAUAUUUCGAUGAUGGAAGGUGAGAACCCAUUACUCACCGCCGUGAAAUCAAGCCUCACAAGACCUUCAUGGGCAUUCCUACUGCUCAUCUUCGCCGGCGUCGCCGUUUUCAGCCUCCAAUUCACCGGAAACACGGCGCCGCCUCCGUUCGGGUCCAUCUCGAAUCGGGCCGGGCAUACGGGUUCGGGCGGCCCGACUACCUGCUCCGGGCUUUUCGAGGCGCCGCCGCCGCGGAGGGUGGUGAAAUCGAUCGAGGAAUUCGGUGGGGUUGGGGACGGGACGACUUCCAAUACGGCGGCGUUUAAGAGGGCGGUGGAGUAUAUGGCGAAAUUCAGGGGCGGAGGCGGCGGCGCUCAGCUGAACGUCCCCCGUGGGCGGUGGCUCACGGGAAGCUUCAAUCUCACCAGCGAUUUCACGCUGUUUCUUGAUGAUGGCGCUCUUAUCUUGGGAUCUCAGGAACCGGAGGAAUGGCCGAUAAUCGAGCCGUUGCCUUCGUACGGAAGAGGGAGAGAGAGGGAAGGAGGGAGACACAUUAGCCUAAUUCAUGGAAAUUCUCUUACCAAUGUAGUUAUUACAGGUAAUAAUGGCACGAUUGACGGUCAAGGGAAGAUGUGGUGGGAUCUUUGGUGGAAUAAGACACUAAUUCACACGAGAGGCCACCUCGUCGAACUUAUUAAUUCACACAACGUUCUAAUCUCAAACCUCACUUUCCGUAAUUCCCCGUUUUGGACCGUUCAUCCUGUUUACUGCAGCAAUGUUGUGAUCAAAGACAUGACAAUAUUGGCUCCUCUAAAUGCCCCGAAUACCGAUGGCAUAGACCCAGAUUCGAGCACAAACAUAUGCAUUGAAGAUUGUUACAUUGAGAGUGGCGACGAUCUAGUGGCAAUCAAGAGCGGGUGGGACCAAUACGGAAUAACAAUGUCCAAACCGAGCGCAAACAUUACCGUGAGACGAGUUUCGGGCACAACCCCAACGUGUUCGGGAAUUGGGAUCGGAAGUGAAAUGUCCGGUGGGAUUAAAAACGUCCUAAUUGAGGAUUUGUACGUUCGAGAUUCGGCGAGUGGGGUCCGCAUCAAGACCGAUAGAGGAAGAGGAGGGUACAUAACGAAUAUAACCAUACGUAAUAUUAUGAUGGAGAGAGUCAAAGUGCCGAUUAGGUUUAGCAGAGGAGCCGAUGACCACCCGGACGAGAAAUGGGAUGUGAAAGCACUUCCAAAAGUGAGAGGGAUAUUUAUAAGUAACGUGGUUAGUUUGGAAUCGAGGAAGGGUCCGUUGUUGGAGGGGGUGGAAGGGGCGAUUUUUGAGGAUAUUUGCAUGAAAAACGUUAGUUUAUUCGGAUUAGGGUUGUCUGCGAUGAGGUGGCAUUGUGAGUUUGUGUCGGGUUUUAGUGACGAUGUCUCGCCUAUGCCUUGUUUGGAGUUGCGGAAAAACGGGUCUUCUUCUUCGUGUUCGUUUCCGUGACUUCUUUUUUUUUUUUUUU